UGUAUCUCUUUAAGAGGCUCUGAAACUACGCAGCUGCGGCUAUCUGGAGCGCUUGGCUGAGUCUCUCACACACCUCCCACAUCCUUCCCACUCUGGCUGUAAUGUAUUAGAAAAGUACUGGUGAAUUGAUAUACCUUGGGGAAACACCAAUCACAGACACAAUGAGGCAAUAGAAUGGAAACCUAAACAGCCCCUUGAAUACUGCAGUGGUGCUGCAUCAAGCGCAGACGUGCUCGUGAAUGUGACGAGGAGCGCAGGGCUUGGAAUUCUCAGGCUGAGAUACUGAAGAGCAGCCCCUGCAGUCUGUGACAGCGCCUGUCUCCAUGUCUGCCCCAGCGAGCAGGAGGACUUCCACUGGAUCCCGCAGAUUCAACCCUCUGAAGGCUCUGCAACCGAAACGCCGCUUGCAACAAAUGUUGUCUUCCCCUUCAGCGCGGCAGACUCUUCCGGUCAGUCCAGGGAUCCGGGACGCCAACUGUACCUCCUCCCUGAGCAGCAGUAGCAAUUCAGGAUCCUGCAAGGGCAGCGACGGCAGCCCCACCACCAGACGGCACAUCAAGUAUGCGUCGUGCAGCGAUAAUCAUGGGAUCAAGCCUCCCACCCCAGAGCAGUACCUGACCCCUCUGCAGCAGAAGGAGGUCUGCAUUCGGCAUCUGAGAGCCACGCUGAAAGAGACCAUGGACAAAGCGCAGGAGAGGGACUCGGAGAUCGAGGACCUGAAGACGCAGCUGUCCCGGAUGCAAGAGGACUGGAUCGAGGAGGAGUGCCACCGCGUGGAGGCGCAGAUGGCGCUCAAGGAGGCCCGCAAGGAGAUCAAGCAGCUGAAGCAGGUGAUAGACAACGUCCGGAGCAACCUCACUGAGAAGGACCAGGGCAUCCACGAGUACUUUGUGGAAAUCAACAGCCAGAACAAGAAGCUGGAGACCCUGCUGCACAGCAUGGAGCUGGCACAGAACGACUCCCCCAGAGAGGAGGGGGCAAGAGGCUUGACCCUGGAGUCCGCAGGGGGGUCCCCGGCCCGAUCCCUUACCCGCAGCUCCACCUACACCAAGCUGAGCGACCAGGCAAGUGCGGAGAAGGCCACUGACUUUCCCAGCUUUUCGGCGGAGGAGACCAUGGAUAGCGGCUUUGUCGGUGGAGAGAGCGGCAACAGCAGGACAGAGCUCCAAGAGCAGGGCUUCUUAUCUGAGGAUGUCUCCCUGCUGACCACCUACACUGCCGGCUCCAGGCUCCCCCAGAGCUCCACCUACGAGAAGCUGGCGAGCUGCCUGAGCAGCAUGGAGAUGGGCAGCAGCAGCAAUAACCACCAGCUCUUCCAGGAGAUGAAGGAGCAAGCCAUCCAGACGGACUUCAUCCAGUACAACCCCGACCUGGACACCAUCAUGGAGAAGGUGAUGAAGUCUCAGGCCUGCAGCCCCACCUCCGCUUGGAUCUCCGAAGCCAAGGACAUGGACCUAGUUCAUUUCGACCACCACUAUCCCUGUGCGGUGGACCUGGCUCCCAGUAACCCCAACGCAGUAAUCGCAGUGACUGGUAUUGAAGGGGCCAUCGCUGAGCCUACAGUGCAGCAGCCCACAAGUGCCAGGGGGCAACAGACUACCAUAGACAUCCUGGAGAUGGUGGAAGUAGUGUGUGAUGAAGGGGAGGAGGAGGGGGAGAACAGUGAAGCCUCUGCAGAAAUGAGCAUCCAGAAGAGCUACUGGAGCCGCCACUUUUUGGUGGACCUGCUGGCCGUGGCGGUGCCUGUGGUGCCCACCGUGGCCUGGCUGUGCCGUGGGCCGCGUCGGGAGGGCCAGCCGGUCUACAAUAUCAGCUCUCUGCUGCGCGGCUGCUGCACCGUGGCCCUGCACUCCAUCCGCAAGAUCAGCGGCGGCCGCCCCGUUAACGGGGGUACCCAGAUCUGAUCUGAUCACCGACGCCCACCUCCUCCAGCAUUGCACUGACACAACCGCACUCACAACAUGCAUUGUUUAGACACUGAUUGUAGCUUCUGCUGUACCAUGGAGGGGGGUGGGGGGGGCCGUCAGCUUUCACUUGGGUUUAUAAUAAAGCGAUGAGCAACAUGUGGAGGCAGAGCCUUCAGUUACAACUGAAAUCUGAAGACCUUUUAGCCUUCAGAUGUGAAAAAAGCAUAUAUAUCUCUAGGAAUCUGUUUGUGCAAAACACUUGAAUUGUGUGUAUUUACUGUUUAAUACACUAUCAUCCAGUUUCACAGACCCUGAUUAGCACUAAUCCUGGACUACCGUAAGUAGCAUGAUUAGUCCUGAUCAGAGUCAAUGAAACCAGUCAUGGAUGCAUUCUGUAUAUAGAUCUAUUUUAUGUGCAAUAUGUAAAUAUUAAAAAAAAUUAGGAGAAAAAUAAAUCCAUGUGCACACACCGCUCCCUUGAAAACCCACAAAUGUAUCUUUAUAAAAUGCAAAGCCCAUGUUCGGUCUCUGGAAAGAAUAAACCACUGGAAUGGGAUUCCAAGAAGCCUUUUUAUUUCUCUCAGGCUCUGGCUCUGCUGUUGCUCGCUGCUCACAUCUGCAAUUUUCAACCUGAAAUUAGCUUUCUCUAUUGCAGCCAGUUGAGUUUCCUCUUGCGUUUUUGGGCUUGACCUUAAUUAAAAUCAAAUGUCUAUUUAAUAAGUAAAGCCCCUAAUUUAAAAAAAUAUAUAUAUAUUAUUUUGGAAAUACCAAAUCUAGUUCUUUAAAAUAUGUUCAUUUUAUUUGCACUAUUAUUCACUUUAAGACAUUAUUACUUGAAUUUUUGAUUGCUUUGCAUGACUCAACAUUGAUGUCUCUACGUUUAGCAGGGGCAGUUAUUUUUUAUCCAUGUAAAGUAUUGGUGAAAGUAAAAAGGUUACGAGUUACUAAUUGUAAAUACUGUAGAACAGUCUGGUAAAAUAGAUGCAUAGGACACACACUGAAUAAGUGCAUUGAUUUAUUUUGUAUCAAAUUGCACAGAAUAUUUAAUCCAAGCUGUAAAUUGCCUGUCUGGAGUUGAUCUAGACUCAAAUGUAUUUUGCAGAGUUAUCCUCUCUCUAAAUAUAUACACUGCCUUUUGUCAUUUUUAUUUUCUGAAUGUGUGCAGCAUUGGCUUUGUUAAAGCUUGACAAUCUUGUGCUGUCGUUCUGUAAAUCCUGGUGAGAAUGGCCACUGUGUUCGUAGAACAUGCUAGUUCUUGUCAUGCUCAAGGUUCGCGUGCUUUAUUGUUUUCUAGUCUGCCACAAAGUUCUACCCCAUUUAAACUUAACGUAAGAUGCUCUAGAAAUAAAUAUUUUAUUAGUUUAUUGUGUUUUUGUGAUUGGUCGUUCUGAAGGGUUAAGUACAAACCUGUGCUGGGCACGGGUUAGCCAAGUGGUAGAAGGUAGUGAAGUGAGUGGCUCUGCAUGGAGAAAUGUAUUACAAACCAUUCCUUUAGGGCAGCACAGUGCUCAAAGGGAAUGGAGGUCUAGGUGGUUCUACCCUGCAGGGAUAAACCACAGCUCCAUUUGCAUUUUAACUGAGUAUUGCAUCCACCCACCUAUCUUGUGAUUUACCCCUAAAACCUAGAGGUUGGGGGUGUUUUCCCCAGUGCUGUAAAAAGCUAUACAGUAGAAUUCAGCUGUGUCUUAUCCCAGCAGAGGAUAGGUUGGUCAGAUGAACCCCUGUGCAGUUUAAUCAUGUUCAGGUCAAUGGAUUAGAAGUGUGUUUAAUACUCGCAGUAUGAGAGAUGUUCUGCCUUCUUUAUAGAAGUGACAAAGCCAUGUGUACUACUGUUCACAAAAUGUCAAGCUGCUUUGCGAAAUGUUAUUUCGGAGCCUGUGAUAUAAGUGGAAAGUUUUUAAAGAAGCUUCAGUAACCAAAGCCUUGCUCGUUACCCAGUACUGCAGUCCUUUGUCUUCUCUGAGUCUGCCCCCGUGCAAUGCCCAUGAUUUUAGGGAAGGGAAUAUUAAGCGUUCUCAAAGAAACUGGAACAUUUUGACCACCAGGUGGCACUGUGCACAAAUUAAAAUCACAUUUAAAAGUAAAAAAAUAAAUAUAUUUAAAAGAUGGAGGAUUAAGCAGUAGUAAUAUGAAUGUGCAAUACUAAUAAAAACAAAAAAUAAUUUGCAUCCUUUUUUUUUUUGACUGUAAAGCCAUAAUACGUUAGCAUGGAUUGAUGGAUGCAGUCAUCACUUGUAGAAAUGAAGUUGAAUUUAUCAGGUUUUAUUAGAUGAGGGAUGGGUGGAAAUAGCCAGACAGAGCGUUCAGGAACAGCAGGUUAUUUGAGUAUAGCACGUAGGCCGUCCCCUCUGAUUAAUGCUUUUAGUCUUAUUGAUUAUGUGCUGGAGAGGAGUUGAGGCUCCUGUUGGAAUGGAGGAUACUGGGUUCAGAAAUGAGGUUUGCGAUGAUUGGUUCAGACAUUUUUUUUUUAUUGGAUCGCUCCAGAAAAUAAGUGUACUUAAUUCAGUGAACCUCUUCCUUGUAUGAGAUUCAGGCAUCUUAAACUCAUUACAGACCAAGAAAUAUUUAAGAAGUCAAAUGGGUCGGCAGCUGCUGUCAGUUUUUGUUUUCUUAAUGUUGUAUCUCGGUUUCCAAUAUUCUUACGUGGAAUAAAAUAUAAAUAAAUAAAAAUAUUUGUGGCUAAAAUAUA